AUGGCUCUUUCUUCACUGCUGGAUUCUGAAGCGACAUUUUGUCAGCAGGCAGAUGAGUGUGGGUUAUCAGAGCCUUGGGUCACAUCGUUGAAAAACAACGGUGUGGCCACCUUCGCAAAGUUGAGUUUUGCAAUUACAAGUCCGGGUACGGUGGCAAGCGAUGAUCAAGUGACACGCUUCAUGACCAAUUUGAGGCCUGGAGUGGUGGCCACGAUAGCAGAUCUUUCAGCCUUCAAGAGGAUCUUAUUUGAAUCACAAACCCUUAUGAUUUACAGGCUCAAGUCCGCGGCCAAGGGCGAUGACAUGCCUCCCAAAAGAAUGCCUGCGCCUGAACAUGAUGCCAGGCUGGCGUUGCAACGUCAGCAUUUGAGGGGCCUGGAUAUCUCAGGUCCUUUGGAACCAGCGCAUAGCCUGUAUGAUAUGUGUGCUCAGAUGGUGGAGCGCAAUUCCAAGUGUUUGUCUCGGCAGCAGGAGUUGAUGGGAGCAAACCCUGAAAAGGAGCUGCAGUUGGAUGCCUCUAAGACCGGCCUGAUCAUCAAGGAGCAGCCCAUCACACAGGAGAUUAGUUUGACAUCGGAUCUGGCCCUCUUUCAAGCAAUGCAGCGUAGGGCCCUUGCCAUGGACCUUGCCAACUUGGCCACCUAUGAGGCCUUUGUGCGUUUGAGUGAAACCUUCACUGGGUCGUUGAAGGUCAUGCCCACGGCGGGCAAACCCUUGGACCCAAUGAUUGAGAAGCUGGAGAAUGAUGUUUCGGUGACCUAUUUCAUGUUGCCAGUUCCUAUUCAGUCCAACUCGAGCAAUGUGAGCGAUUCAAACAAGACAGACAAGAAGCGUCAGGCGGAGGCAAGCUCGGAGAAGCCUCAGCCGAACAAAUUCACAAAGAAUACGAAGGGGAAAGGUAAAGGGAAAAACAAAAAGAGAGAGCCGGUGCCAGCAGGCCUUAAGGGCAUGCGUUCACGCACCCGACAAGAACGUGCAGUUUCACCAGAUCCUGCAAGGAAACGGCCGAGCCAUGAGAUGGAGAAUGAACGUGCAGAUUCAUCUGAACACGUGAAACCUGAUUUUGGCUCGAGUGGUUAUUUUUGCAUUGAAUUAUUUUGUGGGUCAGGUAACCUGACCUUUGCAAUGAAGCAUUUCUUUCCCGACAGUUUUGGUGUGGAUCAUAAGGUUGCAAAGCAACGGGUCAAAGUGAUUUGUUUGGAUUUGACACGAAAAGAUCAUCAGGCGUUGGCGAUCGACUGCAUGGGCUACUUCCGGAACAUGCUUGUGGGUGCAUUUCGGAGUGCCUUGUGGAACAGCAUCGAGGGCACGCUUCAAACUGCUCGUUGGCCGGAUGGCCUACCUGGAGUCUCUGGUGUCAAUUUGGCCAGGCUGCGUGCAGCCAACAGGCUUUAUCGGUUCAUGUCCGAGCUCAUUCUGACUUUGGAUCGACUGCGCAUCACGUGGACUGUUGAGAACCCCUGGACAAGCUUGUUGUGGUUGACAAGUUAUUGGAAGAGUGUGGAUGAACAACUGAAGGCAGAGUAUACACCACAGCUUGCAAAAGCACUUGCUACAACCAUUUUGGAGGCCAUUGCAGGCACCCUCAAGCUGCCCAAUGUCUCCCAAGCGCUGGGUGAUGUGGAUUCUGGAGUUGCAGCGACUGGAGAGCGGCUCACGGCCUGCGAGGUGAGCUCCGCGCAUUUGAAGAGGUCUUUGACGGUUGAUGAACUCCUUGCAGAAUCUUCGAGUGAUGAUGAACAUGUUGCCAAUGAGGCCAAAGACGGCAAAGGACAAGAGGCGUUUGCCAAGCAAGGGACAGAUGUUUCAAUGCAACAGCCUGCAGCCGCUCCCACUUUGGAGGAGGUGCUGGCACAGGUGGAUCUUUCUGAGGACGAGGAUGAUGUUGGUCCAAUUGCAAAGCCUUCUGAAGUUCCCGAGGCCAGAUCGAAGCUGAAUCCAGGCAAAAGUGGUCAAGAGAUUUCCAGCGCAGAAUCGCAGGAACAGACUGGUGUGAAGUCUGGGCAAAAGGUUGGAUUGGAUGAGCUGCUGGCAAUGGGAUCGGACUCCUCCAGUGAUGAGAGACCACCGAGUGAUGCAUUAUCUGACAAGGCCAAAAUGAAGAUCGAGCAACAGCCUCGUGCCCCGCCUCCUGCCUCCACUCAGAGAGGCCAAAGUGAAGGAGAUGAGACACAGGCCUUUUUUGAAGCACCCUUUGAGUGGUGCCUCGAACACGAGCGGUCCUUGCUUUGUGCUGACAGCAUUCCUGCUGACGAGCGAGAGCCGCUUCAGUCUGGAAGUGGUGCUGCUUCUAAAACCACAUUGGCUUCUUCCACGCUGAUCGAGGCUGCCCGCAUUCCUCGUUUGGUAGAGGUCAAACCAUGCGCCGAGCUGCGCAGAUUCUUGGCCCAGGAAGCUGGACUUCCGACCUGUGUGACUGCAAGCAAUAAACUGGUGGGUGUUGGAACGCUCAGGGGUGCCGUGGUUCUCUUGGACAACAAGCUCCAAGAUAUACCAGCCAAACCUCAGGUCUUGAGUCCAGGAGAGGAAGCUUCUGCGGUCACUUCAGCGGCCUUCUCUGUUGAUGGUGGAAGUCUGCUUGUGGGGCACAAGAGUGGACAGGUGUCGUUGUGGGACCUGGCGUCACACAAGGUUUCUUGUGUUGUGCAAGACGUACAUUCAUCACCAGUGCUGUCGCUGGCAUUUUGCCGCCCUAGCUGGCAAUAUGCACUGUCAGCUGACGCGAAAGGAAGUGUCUAUUUCAUUAGCUUUUUCACCGGCACAUUUGGUCGCCUGGACUUUGAAAAGCAGCUCCUUUUGGAGCAGUCCUCCAACAUAGGAGUUACGCUGCGUGUGCUUCCGCUUCAGGCUUCAUCACAACAAAAUCAUCCUGCUGACUCGCACUGCCUUGUAGCACUCUGUGCAAGCAGUGCCACGGUCCUUUUGACACUGCAUCCAAGUGCCAGCGUUGUACAGAAGAUCCAGUAUAAUGCCAAAGAUGCUUCAUGGGUUCCCGAUGUCACAUGGCUUCGCUUGGAAUCGCAGGACUUGGCACAGCCCGCAGAGGCACAUGUGACCGAUCCCCAGCUCUGCGUUGCCUAUGGCCAGACUAUUCAUAUCAUGAGAGUGAGCUAUGGCAUGAAUGAGACAAAGGGCAAGGAAGACUUCAAAGUCACUCUGAUAGGACGCUAUAACUGGGGAUCACCAAUCCGUGGAUUGGCCUCCUUCAACGACAAUGUGAUCGGAGUCCUUGAUGGUGCAAACAGGCUGAGCGUGGUUCAGUUGCCUCAUGCCGAGCCACGGCCUUCCACGGUGCAGCUCUCUCCCGUCCACUCGGAGGACAUCACGAACUGGUCGUUGGUUUUCCACACCAUACCGGUGGACGGAAGGGAAAUGCGUUCGCAUCAUGGGGCACUGAGUGUGUUUCGUGGGCGCUCUCGGACGCUCUACAUUUGUGGCAUGAAAGAGGUGUGGAGCUUUCAAAUUGGACGUUGGGGUCAGCACAUCGAAUCUGUGGUGGCCAGGAAUGAUUGGCCAACAGCAUUGGAUGUUCUUCUCGCGCUGAGGAGAGGUAGUCUCCCACCACUGCUAGAUUUUCCACAUGCAAUGGCGUCUCGCCAGAAAGCCGUGGAAUCAAGGAUCACCCAGGUCAUCCAGUCCUAUUUGGUGAACACUUUACGACCAGAAGCUGCCAGGCUGCAGGUGCGACAAAUUUGCUCUACAGCGAUCAAUGUUUGUGUCGAGUCACAACUCUGGCCUGUCCUUUACAAGACGGUAUUCGAGUGCUUCAAAGCCACUGGGCACAUGAACAUCUACUGCGCAGCUCUGGAGCCCUUCAUUCUCCAUGGAAGGAUACCACGAAAAGAAAUGGACUCGGAGGUGCUGUCGAGCAUACUGCAAUCCUACGCACUCCCGUUAGAAGAGGAGGAGCAGGCAUCUCAACAAGCAAGCAAGAAUGGUGCAGGUAUCAAGUUCAGAGAUUUGGAUCAUUGCCCAGAGCUCUUUCCAGUGGCUCGCAGGCUUCAACAGCUUGUGCUUUGUGUGGAUGUGUCGAGAUUGGACCUAAAUCUGGCGAUCCGUCUGUUCACUCAACACAGGUUGUGGACAGCAUUGGUGCAUGUCUACUGUGCGCUGGGAGACUAUGUUUCUCCACUGGAGCUUUUGGUGGGCGAAUGCACUCAGCUGGCCAAGCGUUGCUCCGGAGAUUCAUCGCCACAAGAGGCACCUUUGCUGCAAUGCCUACUUGUCAGAAAGUUGUUUUUCUUUAUCCACCGGUGCUUCGAGCUGAGAGCAUUUCCGUUGGAACCCAAGGACACAUUGGGCUUGGUGCAACCACCGCCGAAUGCGAUCACAGACUUGCUUGCCUGCAUCUUCAAGACACCUGAACCAUCGAAGGCUCCUCCCAUGUUUUUGCGACUGUUGCGCCUUUCAUCCUUUGCAUUCUUCCAGACUCUUUCUGCUUUGUUCACCUCCCCUUCUGCAGGCCGUGCUAUGCAGGACCAAGCAGCCGCAGGUAAGGUUUCAUGGUGGAAGGAGGAACAACAUUCACUCUUGAAGACCCUCUUUGAGCUCAUUGAGUCAUCCUUGGAAGUUGCCAGAAAGCAGUGUGCACAGGAUGGCAACCCGCUUCCCGAACACACGGAGAAGGAGUUCCUGUGGUUUGUUGCAAGAUCCCUUCCUCGAGCGAGGGCGCAGCUGCCCAUCCAGAAGGUAAUGCAGGUCGUUGAUCAGGUGCUUGCGACCUCACAAGGCACGCGGCACAGAAAGAUCGAGCAACUCCUGAUUGGUGUUCUGGCAAGCCAGGAUUGCUUUGACGACGAGCAUUCAGCCGUUGUUAUCACCAAGGCGAUGACUGGCUUUUGGGGCCUGGCCUCAUGGCUACAUGAGAGGAGUGGCGAGUAUGGAAAGGCCUUGGAUUGCAGAUUGCAGGAUCGAGAGCUCAGAGAGCAAAUUUUUGAAUACAUCAUUGCGAAGCUGGCAGAGGAGUUGAAUCCAGUGCUCAUCGAAGCGACGCUGCAGCGGCUACAGGCUCUCGUUGACGUUGACAACGAGCUGUGCUCUCUCAUGCUGUGUGAGCAGUUUGCCCAUGUACCUGACCAUUCCAGCGUGCUUGAAAGCCUAAAACCAUAUCCUCAAAUGGAGAUGCGAUACUUGGAGGCACUCCUGAACCGAUGGGCUGGCGUAGCUGAUCGGCAGGCAUUUUUCAACAAGCACGUGGUUCGAUACAUCGACUUGCUAUGCCAACAUUUCCCCUCAGCUGUACUCCCCUUCAUUCUUGAGAACGAGGCAUUGCCCCUCAGGGAGUGCUUGGAGCUUUGCAGCAGGUAUCGCGUCACAGAUGCAUCUGUGCAUUUGUUGGAGCGGACUGGUGACUUUGCCAGUGUGCUACAGCUGGUGCUUGGUGACUACCAAGAGGCGAUUGACAAACUCUGUGCGUGCUUCGGAGGGUUAGGUGACCGAGGUGACCGUGCUGCAGUCUCGAAAGCGGUGAAGCGACUUCUGGCAAGCCAGGACGCUGCUGGGCGAUCUGCAGAGGCUUGGUGGGAUGGUCUUGCAGAGGCACAGAAGUGCAUGAGCCUUCUGCAGAAUGUCUACGACUUAAGCUCCAGGAACUCAAACAUCAUGACCGAGGCACAACUGGAGGCGCAAUGGCAGAGCUCAUUAAGCAUCAAUGGCAAAGCGGAAAGCUUGGAUGAGGAACUCUGGUUUGGCAUUCUGGGCUUCACGGUGCGGAAGCAGGCCGUUUACCUGGUGUACUGUAUUCCUUUUCCAAGUGAUGGCUGUCAUCCACUUCAAGGAAAGCCUGUCUGA